AACAGCCAUUGCCACAGCAACUCAAGAUGCUAACCUACUAAAUUAAGCAUGAAAAGAGAUACUAAGACCUAAGCUUUGCUUCUGCUAAUUCCUCAGUGAGCAUGGAGGGAUCAUUAUGCAGGGGCUUAAGUACUGAGAUUUCAAGAAUCUGCAUUACUGCUUGAAAUUGCUGCAAAGCGUUAACAGCUUGAUCACCACUGACAUGCAUCAAUUAGUAGAAAAUGGAGCGGUGGUUAAAAUCUUAGCAGACUGAAACAAAGGCAAAAAUACCAACAACAAAAAUAGUAAAAAGAAAAGGCAAAAAAAAACCCAACCCAAACCUCCACAGUGAACCACAGCAUUACUGAAACAUUACAGUUAGAAGAUUGCAAAUGUACCCUUAUCUCCCACAGCUACUCUUGCUGAUUAUAGUUUCUAGUACCUUUGCAAUAGAGACUGUAGCUGUUUUUAAAGGAGCAAGUUCAACCAAAAGACAAGGACAGGAAAUACAAGGUCAAGCCAAGUGCCACUAUAUAAAUCCAGAAAGACUGUUAAUGGAACACUGUAGACUUCAUGGAAACUGCUCUAAUGAAAAGGACUUUAAACAAGCAUCAUAAAACUGUGCCAAAUGCUAGGAAAGUCCUUGCUAAUAUUUCUACCAUUUCACCUUCAAAAGAGGUUUUGACAUCCAGUGUGUCAGAUAUUCCCACAGUUUUACCAGAUGUAGUAGGUUUAAAUUCUGUGAUUAAAGUAAACUCUGGGAAGAAGAGGCCUGGGACUGUGAUAGUCUCAAAACGAUCAAAUACGAGAGGCAUGUCCCAGGAUCAGUGGGAUCGGCCAGUCAUUCCAACCAGAAGACCUGGCUUCAAGGUGUGCUAUAUCUGUGGCAAAGAGUUUGGAUCACGAUCACUUCCUAUCCAUGAGCCACAAUGUCUGGAGAAGUGGCACAUUGAAAAUGAGCAGUUACCAAAACAUCUCAGAAGACCAGCCCCUCUUAAGCCUCAGGCUCUUUGUGGAGGAUCUUCUAGUCCGAUGGCUGUAAAUGCAGCUGCUGCUCAAAGCGACCAAGCUCAGCUCCUGCCUUGUCAAAAUUGUGGUCGUACUUUCCUUCCUGAUCGUCUCUCUGUGCACCAAAGGAGUUGUAAACCAAAGACCAAUUCAGGGCCUUCAAAGUACAGUUGUCCCAAAUCAACUGGUUAUGGGCCAGCAUGUUCCAUGUCAGACAAGCCUGCAGUGAUAAGAAGACCCCCAACUGUUAUCUGUUACAUUUGUGGUCGUGAGUACGGAACUCAAUCUAUAAGCAUCCAUGAACCACAAUGUCUGAAAAAAUGGCAUAUUGAGAAUGAUCAGCUGCCAAAACAUUUAAGAAGACCUGAACCCAUGAAGCCAGUGGUCAGAUCUAUAGGAGCCAAAGGUUACUAUGAUCUUGAUGCUUUAAAUGAGUCUGCUUGGCAAAGUGCCCAGAGCCAGUUAGUUCCAUGUAAUAUUUGUGGCCGUACCUUCUUGCCAGACAGACUGAUCGUCCACCAGCGUUCAUGUAAACCAAAGACACCAAAAUAAAAGGCUCCUCCUUUGUAGCCAAAGUUUUAAAGAGCAAAAUUCUUCUCACCUAGAUAGGUUUCUGCAUUGUAUAGAAUCAGGUUUGAAAUGUGUCCUAUUAAGAUUAACUGAACACUCAUAAUGUAAGUGAAAUAUGGAGCAUGUAGCUUCUGCGACGUUGUGUGACAUUGGUCAUGACCACAUUGGUCAUAAGAUUUAAAGAAGUUCAGGCAUCUAGACGAGCCUUCAGAAUGGCUUCCAAACUGCAUAAUGAAUAUCAACAUCUUAAUAUAGCAGUCUUUGCUAAGAAGUGGCUCUGCCUUUUCAAACCUCAGAGUUAAUAAAUCAUGUGUAAGAAUGCUUAUGUUUACUGAUUAAGUUUCUGUUAAAAAAAUAUCUGUCUGCUCAAAAUAAAGACAAUAAAA